AUGUCCUACGGUCCCUUAGACAUGUAUCGGAACCCGGGGCCCUCGGGGCCCCCGCUUCGGGACUUCAGCAGCAUCAUCCAGACGUGCAGCGGCAAUAUUCAGCGGAUCAGCCAAGCCACUGUUCAGCUAAAGAAUUUGAUGAGCCAACUAGAAACUAAGCAGGACUCCGCCAAGCUACAGGAAAAUCUGCAGCAGCUGCAACACUCUACAAAUCAGCUUGCCAAGGAAACAAAUGAAUUACUGAAGGAAUUAGGGUCCUUGCCCCUCCCCUUAUCUACUUCAGAACAGCGCCAGCAGAGACUUCAAAAGGAACGCCUCAUGAAUGACUUCUCUGCAGCCUUAAACAAUUUCCAGGCUGUGCAGAGAAAGGUGUCUGAAAAGGAAAAGGAGAGUAUUGCCAGAGCAAGAGCUGGAUCUCGACUUUCUGCAGAAGAGAGGCAAAGAGAGGAGCAGCUCGUCUCAUUUGACAGCCAUGAGGAGUGGAACCAGAUGCAGAGCCAGGAGGACGAGGUGGCCAUCACCGAGCAGGAUCUGGAACUUAUUAAGGAGAGGGAAACGGCCAUUCGGCAGCUGGAGGCUGACAUUUUGGAUGUCAAUCAGAUAUUUAAAGAUUUGGCUAUGAUGAUCCAUGACCAGGGUGAUCUGAUUGAUAGCAUAGAAGCCAAUGUGGAAAGCUCAGAGGUGCAUGUGGAAAGAGCCACUGAUCAGUUACAGCGAGCGGCUUACUAUCAGAGAAAAUCUCGCAAGAAGAUCUGUAUCCUGGUGCUUGUCCUGACAGUGAUUGCUGCUCUCUUCGGACUUAUUAUGUGGCUAGUUUAUAGGAAGUGA